GUUGCAAGGUGAAAAGGGACAUGAGGAGAGGCAGUACUGAUGCGGCCCAACCUGUUCUCCUGGUAGCCAUCGAACUUUUCGGCAUUUAACUGGCAGAUCUCUUCCAUCCUUGUGACAGAGCAAGAGUGACACGCUGAAGAGGACACCUCUCUCUCUCUCUGGGCUUUCCUUAGGUGGAGGAGUCCCUGGAAGCAAUAUACACGAUACUGUACUUGUGCAGAGCAGCUUCCGUGAUAUGUCGAAACAGACCUAAGAUAGAAUGUGUCAACCAAUUUGUAACCAAGAGCGCAGACAGCAUGAGCAUCUCUUCUCAAAGACUGGUCUUGGAAAACGCUGGGAAAGGAGCGGUCGUUCAAGGAAUGCCAGAUGGCACAUUUAUCGCAUCCAGUGGCGGGCAGGCAGAUGAUAUUGUAGCAGCCACGAUACACCUUGAUCAUCUCAGCCAGAACGAAGUGCAGAACAUCCUGAAAGCGCUGCAGCCGUACGAUAACAACAUGAAAGUGGUGACAAAGAAGGAGCUCAGCACCGCCACCAGCCUCAGCUCGUUGGCAUUGGAUCUUCAAGACCCGUCAGAGAUGAUCAGUGGUGACUUCAACAAGGAGACAGAUUUGGAUACGUCAGCUGAAAAACAUCUUUCUCAUCUUGACAGCCUGACAGCAAAGUUACAUGGCGCACAUGUUGGGAGUGAAUUCAAUGGUUCAAUGGGCAAUGAUCUUCCCUAUGUUAAUCUCACCAAGCCAUCAGCUGAUGCUGGUGCAGAGUUUGAGUUAGCCUCCCAUGCACAAGUUGGUCCAGGUCCCGAUGACUUCCUCGCAACACCCAAUGUGUCCACUCCCCACCUCAACAAUCACAGUGCAUUACUUGAUAUUGACAAACCACAAGUAAAGACAAGUGACCUUCGUUACAGAGCCCCGCACUUUACAAUGCCAACAUUUGAUGUACCUGCGGUCAAAACACCAGAGGUAAGCAGUGACCUAAAUCUUCCUUCUGUGAAUGGAGAAACAAAGGGCCUCAACCUAUCUUCCCCCAAAUUAGACAUGAAUGGAAAAAAUGUGGAUCUGAAUGGACCAAAAGUGGAUUUAAAUGGUCCCGGAGUUAACAUUGGAAGCCCUAAUGCUGACAUUAGCGUAUCAUCAGAUCCUUUCAAGUGGCCCCACCAAAAGUGGAAGCUGAAGAAGCCCAAACUUCCUACUGCAAAAACUGAUCUGGACUUAGGCACAGGCCUGAGCACACCACAGGUGGAUUUAUCUGCGCCUAAAGUGGAGGGUGGAUUACAUGCACCAUAUAUUGAUGCUAACUUGCCAAAUGCCGACCUUCAAGGCCCUGAUUUAGACAUUCAACAGCCAGAGUUUGAUGGAUUGUCAGGUAAAUUUGUCUGGCCUCAUCAGAAAUGGAAAAAACUGAAAAUAAAAGGCCCAAAGGCAGAUUUGGAUGUAGACACAGGCCUGCAUACACCCAGUUUAGAUCUGUCAACACCAAAGCUUGAGAGUGGCAUGAACGCUCAACUUGACCUACCAAAAGCUGACUUAAAAGGUCCCAGUUUAGAUGUUGAGGCCCCUAAUCUUGGCAUUGAUACUCCAUCUGGGAAAAAAACCUGGCACCUGAAGUUGAAGAAACCCAAAGCACCUGACCUAAAAUUGGACACGGAUGUCACCACGCCAGAUACUGGUCUUUCUGUUCUAGGUAUUGAUGGUGAUAUUAAUGCACCAAAUGUCGACAUGAAUUUAACCAAAUCUGAUCUAAACAUUAAUGCACCAGAUAUGGGCGUUGAGACUCCAUCGGGUAAAGUCAAGUUCCGAACAUUGAAAAAGCCAAAGUUUUGGUUUGCUGGACCCAAGGUGAAAACCCCAAGUGUUGAACUGGAUAGUGAUGUGAAAGGCCCUGACCUUAGACUUUCUACUUCACAGGCAUCACUUCAUGGCCCUGAUCUGAAUUUACCCAAAACUGAUGUUGAUGUUGAAGUGCCUGAUGUAGAUGCAUCUGGAAAGAUCAAAUGGCCCACCCUGAAAAAGCCAAAAUGGUCCAUCUCUAGUCCGAAGGUGAAUGGUCCAGAUUUAGAUGCUCAUGUUUCAACACCUGACCUAAGUGUCUCAGCUCCAAAAAUCGAUGGUGAGCUAAAUGCACCAGACCCAAAACUAAAAACUGCUGAAUUGAAUGGACCCAAGUUAGACAUUGAUGCCGCUGCUCCAUCUGGGAAAUUCAAAUGGCCCAAGAAACCCAAAAUUGGUACACUGAAAGGUCUAAAAUCUGACAUUGAUGGUGAUAUCAAGGUGCCAGAUGUGGAUCUCGGGUCACACGAUAUAGAUUUAAAGACACCAAAUAUUGAAGGCCCAGACCUCAAUUUCAGCAGGCCAAAUGCUAAUAUCAGAGGCCCUAAUUUGGAUGUCCAAACCCCCACUCCAAAUGUUGAAUCAACGGAUGCCAAACUGAAGCAACCAAAAAUUAAAAUCCCCAAAUGGCCAAAAGUCAAAGGCCCCCAGCUUGAUACCGAUUUAAAAGCUCCAAAUAUUGAUGCCAAUGCUGAUGUUCCGAACCUAGAUGUAAAUGCGUCCAGUGUAAAUCUAAACGCAGCUGAUCUGUUCUUGCCAAAACCAAAGCUUGGAAGUAGUCUUGAUACACCAGACAUUGAUCUGCAGUCUCCAGAGCUUUCAAAUGGGCAUUACAGGCUUCCACCUGACUUGAAUCUUUCAGCUCCCAACAUUGAUGGUGUUAUUGCUGGUCCAGAUGUAAGUCUGCCUAAAGCAAAUUUAAGUGGCGUACAUUUCGAUCUACCUGUUAAUGACGCAGGCUUACCACGGUUGAAUCUUUCUGGCCCUCAAAUUACAAGAUCAGGCGCUGACAUGAAUCUGGAAGCACCUGAUGUCAGACUCAACAGUCAUUUUCCAGGAGUGGAGAUCGGCAUGCCCACUCCAGAAUUUAAAGGCCCGGAGGCACAGUUAAAAUCACCAGUUAUAGGGUUGGAUUCCCAGUCGGGGGACUUUACAUUGCCUCAUUAUAAGCUUCCGAACUUGGAUCUUUCAAGCCCUGGAGUAGAACUACCCAGUGUUCCCUCAGUUCAGACUGGACUGGAUGCCCCCAAGGUCAACAUAGGUACACCUCAAAUAGAUGCAAACAUAUCUGUUCCGACAGUAGAUUUAAUUGGUCCAAAUUUAAAAGGUAACAUUAAAGGGCCAGAAGUCGAUGUGGAGUCUCCUGGUCUUGAAAAGCCCAAAUUGCCACAUUUCAAGGUUCCAAAACUAAGUUUCUCAGGAUCAAAAACUAAAACUGUCAGUCCAAGAUUGUCACUUGAUGGCGAAAUCUCACCUCUCACAGUCUCUUCCCCUGAAAUGAGCACCUACACUCCUGAAAUAGCAAUGAGAGCUGGAGAUGCUGAAAUCAAAGGGUCACCCAAAAGUAAAUUUAAAUGGCCCUUUAAGUGGGGAUUUAAAUCCAACUCAGUGGACAGCGAGGAGUACGAAAUCAAUGCUGAAGAGGAUGCUCCCAAAUUCAGAAUACACACCUUGCCCAGACCCUGCAUCGACACGAAAACAGGAAUUCCAGAUAUCUUUAACCUGUCCAAAUUUGACAGUGAGGCCAAGGAUUAUGUUGUCAGCAGAGGAAUCCGUUUACCAGUAGUAAAUGCGCCAUCAAGAAAUGGAGAAAGAGUUGACAUCAUGGAGCGGUUGAGAAUGGCAAUGGAAAAAGCACCGUCAUCGAACGCCUCGCCAACAGAGGAGAAAAAUGUCAGCCUGAACAUGGCUAAUGCACAUUUUCAUGCCUCUGGUGAAGCAGGAGACUCCAGUUUCUUUCGAGGAGGGACUUUUAAAGUAGAAAAGCCGGAUUUCCCACUGGGCUCAAUACAUCCCGCAAGUUUAGCCGAUGAAACAGAUGAAAGUAACAAAUUAUCAUUAGGCCUCUCCAAUAUGCUUGGACUUAAUGUCUAGAAGGCAGAUGCUUACUGCUAGGUUGCAUAAAUCUGACCCCAGCUAAGAGAAGGCAGAAUGAAUAGAGCUGUUUCUCUAAGCUAUGUGCAUAUCCCCAAUAUUUAUAUAGAUAUAUAAGGAUUUGUAUCUUUUUUUUUUCAAGAUUGAUCUGCAGAUAUGCUUUUCCUUGUGUAUCGCGUUUGUCAACACUUAACCGUUUCAUUUUCAGACAAGUAACAUAAUUUCCUUGUUAAUGAAGUAACUGUGAAUGAAUGUAAUUGAAAUCUUGCGUUCGAUAAACACGGCGGUAUAUUAAAAUAUAUAUUCAGUGAUGAUGAAAACAAGCUUGUGUUGUAUCAAAAGUUCGCAUGAAGUAGAAGGAUGCAAUAUGAAUGAAAUGAGUUCCUACGGAUUUAGAAUCGGAUCUGCAGGAGUGAAGGUCCGAAAUUCCAAAUUCAGUGGUGAUACAAGUCAUUUUAAAAUGAAAGCUGUGAAAUAAUAUGUUUUGAGUAAAGUACAUUUAUUUACAUAUCUACUGAUAGGAUUACACAAAAAAACAUCACUUCUGGUGACUACUUUUACAUGGAGUCAAUAUUCGGGUUAAGGUCAAAAUUCCGUUUUCUGAAAAAAAUCGGAAUAAUCCGUUAUCAUACUAGAGUGAAUUACUACCGCAUUUGAAUAUCUCGAUUUAACGGUGUCGCACGUACAACUAUGUGGAUUAAUUUCAGUUUACUGUCAAUAAAACAGAUUAUAUUCAUCUCACUCACCAGAAGAAUAAAGUAAUCGUUUUCUCUUCGUUCCUAAA